AUGCUGCAAGUACACAAUGAACAUCGAGAAUACCGAAGCAAGUGUGGGGAAACGGACAUAGUGCCAGCGGAGGAAUUAUUACAGCCUCUUGAGUGGGACGAUGAACUGGCGGCUGCCGCUCAAAUUUGGUCCGAAAACUGUGAUGUUCACGACAAGAAAGCGACCGGAAAAGUUGGUAAAUUUGCCUCCGUGGGUCGAAACUCCGCUGUUGGCUCCGAGCUGGCAGAAGCUGUUACUUAUUGGAUGAAAGAAUCGGACCACUAUGAUCACAAAUCAGACCACUGUGAGCCACAGCAUCAAUGCGACAGUUACAAGCAGAUAGUUCAAUCAGACACGAAUUACGUCGGAUGUGGCUAUACCAGGUGUCCAGGCUAUGAAUAUCCAGCAAACAUGUUGAUUGCCUGUUUCUACUCACCCGCGGUGAGAAGUGGUCAACCGUACACUGACGGAACAAAUGGAAGAUGCAAAAUUCCAAAUAAGAUGUAG